AUGCUCCUCAGUCCACUAGGCAGCCCCUCAAAGUUCUCCGCCCUCUCCCUCCCCCUUCCGCCCCUCCAGCACGACAUCCCCACAGACGACGACAGGUUCGUCGCAGACGACUCAGACGACGAUCUAGACACAGACGACAGCGAAGAGUUCACUCCACUAGACGACAGUGGCAACAACACAUGGGCUGAGCCCCCGACUGAACACUCCCUUUCUCUCCCUGUCGAACUCAUAUUUAAUAUCGUCGAACUUGCUGCCACUCAUCGACGAACUGCGCUUAACCUAUGCCGCGUGGCGACAUGGGUCCGCGCCGCUGUGCUCCCCGCACUCUACGGCACGCUCGUCGUGCACGGUGAUGGGCCCUCGCCGUUUGACCUUAUCUCUGAUGUCGAGGAUGGCGAUGUAGGCGUCUUGCCUCAAAUCGAGAGCCCAUUACGCCACGUGCGCUCACUCUGGCUCGACGUCCCACUCGACCACGCACCACGUUCCCUUGACGCGUGUCCGCGCCUCGUGCAGCUUGCCUUACCACUCGAAGCAGCUGCCACGAUCUGUCGGACCAAACGCUGGCGACAUACACAAGCCCAUUUGAACAGCAGUCUCAACCUGAGUGCAGAUAAUGCUCUUCAGAUCGAUACGGAGGAAGCCAGUUGCUCGAUAGAGUUCGAGGCAACGCCUCAAUGCCGGUCAUUCACUGUUCUCGGCCAAUCGCACCCUCAUCGCUGGCAACCCCUCACUUCCAGCCCCGACGGACGCGCUUUCUUACGUGGCGUCACGCAUCUCCGUCUCCUCAACCUCUGUCUCUCACAUUACAUCCCUCUGGAAUACACACCAAACCUCACUCACCUCUGCCUCCCCUUCUUCGACCUCCGCAUCACCUCCACAUCCUUCCAAUCCACCUCUCCAACAGGCAGCGCAGCAACCUCCUCCUUCACAGGGCUAGACUACAUCCUCGCGCAACCGUCCCUACAAAUGGUAGUCCUCACGCUCAACCCGCGGUAUUGGCGGUUCGAUGAGUUGAGUUUAAAAGGGUGGGCUGUGAGAGCUAUGGCGAGGGACCCGAGGUUGUACGUCGUUGCUGCGACGAGGGACGAUGCAACUAGGGAUUGGGACGUGCCGAAAAGGGAUUGGGAAGACGAGGCGGGUGGAGGGAUGAGCGUAUGGGAUAAGGCAGUUUGUGUGAGGAGGAAGUUUUUGACGAGGCUUUCGAGGACGAAGGUUGAGUCGUAUUCGGCGCUGUGAGCGAGUGGAGAGAGAAAAUGGGGGUUUGAGUUAUUUCUUCUUAAUACUUGACGCGCAUUCAUCUGUCGUCUAUGUAUACCCCAGUCGUCUAUGGACUCUGCAUCCUUCUGUUUCGUUUUUCGUUUGUUUCUUGGGACCCACUGUUUUUUUUUGACUCUAUAAACCUUAGCCCACAACUUAACAGAUAUGUGUACGUUAUGUCACUUGUAUUUCCUGCGAUUGAAUAUCAGGUAU